AUGCCCCCUUCCCCAAUGGAUCCCUUUUCAGUCCUUCUAUCCGCCUCAUUGCGCAUACACACUUUUAUUUCUCCCCCCCCCCCGCACUCUCGUCCAUUGUCCCUUCUCCUUCUGAUGGCUUUCUGCAGUUUCCACCUCCCAGAGGGGACGCAACAGUUGACAAACCUGCUCAAAGAAAGAAACACAUUAGUUCCACCCGUGACGCUUUAUGUACAAGAGGGCCGUCGACCCUGUGUGAGCAUGAAGCCAGGAAGGGACAGAAAGGGGGGGUUGAAGCACGUGAAAAGAAGAAGUUUAGAAAGGACGGGCCGCCAACCGAGAGCGAUUUCCAAGACAUGCACAUUAGAUGAGAAAAUGAAAAGCUUGGCAAGCCGGGUCAGGACGAAGGCUGUCAAAGAAAUUCUCCGCAUAACAACACUCCCAUCUUUUCCCUAUCUCACUUUCCCCGUCUACAGUUUCUAA